GCAGACUGAAACGCCGAAGCGCCACCAUGCAAGUCUCACACUUCCUCUCCACCAAAAGUCCUGCAACUAUAUGGAUCCCACGUAGCCUCGAUCUGCCUCACCACGGCCGCACUCCACCAAUUUCCGUUGUAAGAGUGCCGACCUCCGCCGUGGCGGCACCACCAAAAAUCCAGAAGAUCCACUCAAUGCCGCCGGAGAAAGCUGAAGUAUUCAAGUCACUCGAGAACUGGGCCGCCAAAAAUGUCUUACCUCUUCUCAAACCCGUCGAAGAUUGCUGGCAACCGCAGACAUUCCUGCCGGACCCGUCGCUACCAAUUGCCGAUUUCACGGAGCAGGUGAAGGCUCUCCGCGAACGCACGGCGGAGCUGCCGGACGAGUAUUUUGUGGUGCUGGUGGGCGACAUGAUCACCGAGGACGCGCUGCCUACAUACCAGACAAUGAUCAACACGCUUGAUGGGGUCAAAGACGAGACCGGAGCCAGCCCGAGCGUUUGGGCGUCGUGGACUCGGGCUUGGACAGCAGAGGAAAACAGACAUGGAGAUUUGCUCAGGACAUUUCUGUAUUUAUCGGGUCGGGUUGAUAUGCUCCAGAUUGAGAAGACCGUGCAGUAUCUGAUUGGAUCCGGCAUGGAUCCUGGAACGGAAAACAACCCGUACUUGGGCUUCGUGUACACAUCUUUCCAAGAGCGCGCCACCUUCGUGUCUCACGGCAACACCGCCCGGUUAGCGAAGGACGGCGGAGAUCCAGUGCUAGCGAGGAUAUGCGGCACCAUCGCAGCGGACGAGAAGAGGCACGAACACGCCUACUCGAGGAUCGUGGAAAAGCUGUUGGAAGUGGAUCCCACUGGAGCAAUGAUGGCGAUAGCCGACAUGAUGAAGAAACGAAUAACAAUGCCGGCCCACAUGAUGUUCGACGGGAAGGAUCCGCGGCUCUUCGAGCACUUCUCGGCGGUGGCGCAGCGGAUGGGUGUGUACACGGCGGAUGAUUACGCGGAUAUACUGGAGGCGCUGAUUGCGCGGUGGAAGCUGGAGAAGAUGGAGGGAUUGACGGGAGAGGGGAGACAAGCACAGCAGUUCGUGUGUGGGUUAGCGCCGAGAAUUAGGAAGUUGCAGGAGCGUGCGGAUGAGCGGGCGAAGAAAAUGAAGGCACAUGGGGUGAAGUUUAGCUGGAUUUUCAACAAAGAGGUAGCAUUGGUGUAAGGGAAAAGAAAAAAAAAUAGGUUCUUAAAAAAUAGAAAAGUUUCGUGCAGUUUAGACCUACAAUAAAAGCAUUUGAUGAAGGGAAGAAAUCUUAAUAUUAAGGUUUUUCCUUUUGUUUUAUUGUUUGACACUGUGUAAAACAAAAAGUCCUAAAAGAUUAAAAAAAAGAGGAAAAGAGACGACAGUUGUUUUUGUGUUUGUAGAGUUGGUAAAUGGAAGUGUAAUGAAAGAAUUGAGAUAAU